AGUAGUGUUACUGCUGCAUGACACUUUCCCACAAACCUUCAACACACAAAGCUUCAAAGCGGACAUAGCAAUGGGGAAUUAUAAAUCAAGACCCACUCAGACAUGUACAGAUGAGUGGAAGAAGAAAGUGAGUGAGUCAUAUGCAGUUAUAAUAGAAAGAGUGGAGGAGGACAUGAGAAUUAAAGAGGAGGAGUUUAAGGAACUCAAACAUGUUUUCAGCUCAGAUGAGGCAUUCAGUAAAGUGAACCUGAAUUAUCGCACAGAGGGUGGACUGUCCCUGCUGCAUCUCUGCUGUAUAUGUGGAGGGAAUAAAGCUCAUAUCAGGACACUCAUGUUGAAAGGUCUGCGGCCAUCCAGACUCACUCGGAAUGGAUUCACUGCUCUGCACUUGGCUGCAUACAAGGAUAACGCUGAACUUGUUACUGCUCUGCUACAUGGUGGAGCCGACAUACAGCAGGUGGGGUAUGGCGCCCUCACUGCCCUGCAUAUAGCUACUGUGGCUGGCCAUCUUGAGAAGAAAGAAAUUCAAACAGGUUGUAACAACAUGAGGGCUGUUGAUAUUCUCUUGCAACAUGGGGCUUAUGUCAACGUCCAGGAUGCAGUGUUCUUCACCCCUCUUCAUAUUUCAGCAUACUUUGGCCAUGAGCAGUUGUGCAAGUUGCUGAUGAAAUUUGGGGCUGAUGUGAAUGCGAGUGGAGAGGUGGGGGACAGACCGCUACAUCUGGCUGCUGCUAAAGGCUUUCUGGGUAUCGUCAAACUGCUGAUGGAUGACAGCAGCAAAACUGAUGUCAAUGCUCAGGACAACGAGGACCACGUUCCCCUUCAUUUCUGCGCUCGAUUUGGACACCACGAGGUCGUCCGUUUUCUGCUUCAGGGCAGCUUUGAUUUACAGCCUCACUCUGUCAACAUCUACGGGGACACACCUCUCCACCUAGCCUGCUACAAUGGAAAGUUUGAUGUGGUCAAAGAGAUCGUUCAGUUGUCUGGCACGGAGAGUCUGUCUAAGGAGAACAUCUUUAGUGAGACAGCUUUUCACAGUGCCUGCACCUAUGGCAAGAACCUGGAAAUGGUCAAGUAUCUGCUCAGUCAGAAUGCUUUAAGCAUCAACCAUCAGGGACGAGAUGGACACACAGGUCUACAUAGUGCAUGUUUCCAUGGACACAUCCGUCUCGUCCAGUUCCUAUUGGACAACGGGGCAGAUAUGAACCUGGUGGCCUGUGACCCCAGUCGUUCAAGUGGGGAAAAGGAUGAACAGACAUGCUUGAUGUGGGCCUAUGAGAAAGGCCACGAUGCCAUUGUUACUUUGCUAAAACACUUCAAACGACCCCAGGAGGACUCACCCUGCAAUGAAUACUCCCAGCCAGGAGGAGACGGAUCCUAUGUUUCUGUCCCCUCUCCCCUUGGAAAGAUUAAAAGCAUGGCUAAAGAGAAGGCAGAUGUGCUUCUGCUGCGAGCAAGUCUUCCAUCAAACUUCCACCUUCAACUGUCAGAGCUAGAGUUUAACGAGAUCAUUGGAUCAGGCUCUUUUGGAAAAGUCUACAGAGGAAGGUGCCGCAAUAAGAUAGUCGCAAUUAAACGCUACCGUGCAAACACAUACUGCUCAAAGUCAGACACUGAUAUGUUCUGUCGGGAGGUGUCCAUCCUGUGUCGUCUCAACCACCCCUGUGUGAUCCAAUUUGUGGGGGCGUGUCUGGAUGACCCCAGUCAGUUCGCCAUAGUAACCCAGUAUGUGUCUGGAGGAUCCCUGUUCUCACUGCUGCAUGAGCAAAAAAGGAUCAUUGAUCUGCAGUCCAAGCUCAUCAUUGCCAUUGAUGUGGCCAAAGGAAUGGAGUAUCUGCACAAUCUGACCCAACCAAUCAUUCACAGAGACCUCAACAGUCAUAAUAUUCUACUCUAUGAGGAUGGGCAUGCUGUGGUGGCUGAUUUUGGAGAGUCGCGCUUCCUGUUGUCAAUGGAUGAAGACAAUAUGACCAAACAACCUGGAAACCUGCGCUGGAUGGCCCCAGAGGUGUUUACCCAGUGUACACGCUACACUGUGAAAGCAGACAUGUUCAGCUAUGCCCUCUGCCUGUGGGAGCUGCUCACAGGGGAGAUUCCAUUUGCCCAUCUCAAACCAGCUGCAGCCGCUGCAGAUAUGGCCUAUCAUCAUGUCCGUCCUCCAGUUGGAUACUCGAUCCCUAAACCCAUUUCAGCACUGCUGAUGAGGGGCUGGAAUGUCUGUCCUGAGGAAAGGCCUGAGUUUUCUGAGGUGGUAGCCAAACUGGAGGAAUGCCUGUGUAAUGUGGAGCUUAUGUCUCCGGCCUCAAGUAACAGCAGUGGCUCUCUAUCCCCCUCCUCCUCCAUGGACUGCCUGGUGGCACGCGGCAGUCCCGGACGAAGUCAUGUGGCUGCCCUCCGCUCACGUUUCGAGUUGGAAUACGCCCUCAAUGCUCGCGCAUAUGCAUUUUGGAGCCAAAACUCUGGUCGGCGAUCCUCGCAGGGGUUGUCCCUGGAUGAGCUGAGGAGGAACAUGCAGUUUCCACCCAUUGACAGAAAUGGAUACGUGUCAGAUCCCUUGAGUACCAUGCGUUUCCAUUCAUGCAGCAGUAAUGGAAGCUUUGAGGACAGCAACUAGAAGCAGCAACUCUCCAAAGAACGUCACACGCAAAACACAUUUGCUCAGCUAUCUAAAUGAGGACAUACCAGAAAAUUCCAUUGUUUUUAUAUAAAACUAACCCCCACACCCUAACAGAAAAUGUUUUGCUUUAUUAGAAUUUUAAGAAUCCUUAUGUAUGGAUUGUUUUUCCAAAUGAGGACAUCCCAAAAUGUCCCCAAUGGCAGGUUUUAUCCAAUUUUGGUCUCUUCUGGGUUCAAAAUUUGUCCAAACACACACACACAAUAUGACUAUCUUUUAAUGACUAAUCCAAAGUGGGUGCUACAGUAUAAGAACAACAUCAAUAAGGCAGAACACCCAACACUCAGUUCACAUAUACACUGGUGACCAAAAGUUUGGAAUAAUGUACAGAUUUUGCUCUUAUGAAAGAAAUUGGUAUUCAACUGAUCACAGUGUAUAGUCAGGACAUUAAUAACGUGAAAAUUACUAUUACAAUUUGAAAAAAAACUAAACUACUUCAAAGAGUUCUCAUCAAAAAAUCCUCCAUGUGCAGCAAUGACAGCUUUGCAGAUCCUUGGCAUUCUAGCUGCUAGUUUGUCCAGAUACUCAGGUGACAUUUCCCACGCUUCCUGUUGCACUUGCCAUAGAUGUGGCUGUCUUGUCGGCACUUCUCACGCACCUUACAGUCUAGCUGAUCCCACAAAAGCUCAAUGGGGUUAAGAUCCAUAACACUCAUUUCCAAUUAUCUGUUGUCCAAUGUUGUCAGCUGAUCACUUGUGAGGCGUCUAUUUCUCAAACUAGAGACUCUAUGUAUGUACUUACCCUCUUGUUUAGUUGUACAUCUGGCCUUCAACAUCUCUUUCUGUCCUUGUUAGAGCCAGUUGUCCUUUGUCUUUGAAGACUGUAGUGUACACCUUUGUAUGAAAUCUUCAGUUUUUUGGCAAUUUCAAGCAUUGUAUAGCCUUCAUUCCUCAAAACAAUGAUUGACUGACGAGUUUCUAGAGAAAGCGGUUUCUUUUUUUGUGUGCAAUUUUUGACCUAAUAUUGACCUUAAGACAUGGCAGUCUGUUGCAUACUGUGGCAACUCAAAAACAAAUGCAAACACAAUGUUAAGCUUCAUUUAACGAACUAAAUAGCUUUCAGCAGUGUUUAAUGUAAUGGCAAGUGAAUUUCUAGUACCAAAUUAGCAAUUAAGCAUGAUUACUCAAGGAUAAGGUGUUGGAGUGAUUGCUGCUGGAAAUGGGGCCUGUCUAGAUUUGAUCAAAAAUGACAUUUUUCAAAUAGUGAUGGUGCUGUUUUUUACAUCAGUAAUGUCCUGACUAUACUUUGUGAUCAGCUGAAUGCCACUUUGGUGAAUUAAAGUACCAAUUUCCUUCCAAAACAGCAAAAUCUGUACAUUAUUCCAAACUUUUGGCCGCCAGUGUAUAAUCAUGACUUUUUCAAGUUAUUGUGAUUGAUUUAGAUAAUUUUUUUGUAAUUUCUUUGUGUGUGUGUGUGUGUGAGAUUUUUAUUUUAAUUUUUUAUAAAUCUAUAAUCUUUCAGUGGACCCUU